GCAAAAGCAAAAGCAGGAAGACCACGGGAGGUUCUCCGAAGUCUAUUCUGAAGAAGAGGAGUCAGUCGCAGACUGAGACUGAGUAUGAGGUGGAGUACCUGGAUCUCGAAGAGAUGCAAGACCAGGAUCCCAGAUCUAAGGGUCACCGUGAGAGGGGGAAGUCUUCUGGGCGAAGGGACAGCAGGGAUCCGGAUGCUGAGUUGCCAGGGGAGAGGAGCCAGAGUAGAAGUGGGAGUAGAAGUGGGAGUAGAAGUGGGAGUAGAAGUGGAAGCAGAAGCAGGAGCAGGAGCAAGAGCAGGAGCAGGAGCAGCAGUCCCCGGAAGAAGAAGAGUCCAAAAAAGAAGAAGAAGAAACCAGAACCGGAACCAAUGAUGGUACCAGAAGAGGUCUUGAUAAAGAUGGCUAGGAACAGUGAAAUCAGUACCCGGGCAGAUUUAUCCCACAUGAAGGGAGAAACGCCAGACCUCUGGACCCAAACAGGACCACUGGGAAAAAAUGAGAAGGCACCUUAUGGAUACUACCCAGAAGGAUAUGGCACAUACAGUCCAAAAAAGGAGAAAUAUCCCAAGUGGCGGACUGAUUCGCCCAGUCAGAACAUGGUACACUCUCCCCAUCCUAUUCCGAUGGGCAUGGGGCCCAAUACGAGUCCCCGGAAAGGAAAGAAGGGGCGAGGGAGGGGAAAGCCUAAGAUGAUGGCAUCCCCUCCAGGCAGAGGACAGAAACAAACACCCAGACCAUAUUACCAGCAGGGGGGAAUGGGGGAACAGCACGAUCCAUUGCAAGGCCGAUACAGACCAGGCUACCCUUUCAUGGCCCCAAUCACAAACCAGAGACUGAUUCCAGAGCCCGGCUUCCAAAUUCCACAGGGCAUGUACUCUAUGCAUUCGCCCAACCAUAUUCAGAGAAGAGACAUGGGAGUGGGCACUUCUCCCCCUUACUCGCCCAGGGGCCAACAGAUGCAGCCAGAGCGCCGAUGGCCAUCCCAACCCCCACCUCCUCCCCCUCCUCCUCCCCAUCCCCCUCAGCAGUGCCACCCGACAGUAGGGUGUCAGACUAGUCCCCACCUGAUGCAACAGUAUCAGCCACCUCAGCAUCCACCUCAACAACAGAUGAUGAUGACCAUGCCGCCUCCACGGAUUUCAAGUGAGAAAUGA